UCAAUUGACCCGUCAAUGACAAUAAACCGUUGGUUUAUUAUACUCUUCGGACCCGAGGAGCGCGUCCAAAGGUCCUCGGGGUACACAACUUGGCGCGAGAGAUAACACAUCCCGGGAACCCGGUCGACGGGACCAGUGACGGUGCAACUCUAGGAUCGUUCGAUACGCGAUACGCAGCCCGGUCCGGACACGUACUCAUCGUAUCCCCUAGUCGUAUAAUCCAAGAAUAAUAACAAUAACAGGCGCCAUGUUCCGUUCCUUGACUCGCUUGCUAGGACCGAGUGCCACCGGGGACAGUGCGGCUCGAUUACUUCGCUGCAGUACGUCGUCCGUCGCUCUGCUCGACCGCAACUCUUCACCCGACGCAUCGCGCAGGCGAAACCUUACGUGGACGAGACAGACGUCGAGAAACUUCAGCUCUACGUCGAUCGCAAUGGCUAAGAUCAAGGCUGGACCCGUCGUUGACAUUCUUGGGGAUGAGAUGACUCGUAUCAUCUGGGACUCCAUCAAGAACAAAUUGAUACUCCCGUUCCUGGAUAUUGAGUUGCACGUUUACGAUCUGGGUAUGGAGAACCGGGACGCGACUAAUGACCAGGUAACGGUAGACUGCGCGGAGGCUGUAAAGAAGUAUAACGUGGGCAUCAAGUGUGCGACGAUAACUCCGGACGAAAAUCGCGUCAAGGAGUUCAAGCUAAAGGAAAUGUGGAAGAGCCCCAAUGGCACCAUCAGGAAUAUACUGGGUGGCACUGUUUUCAGGGAAGCUAUAAUCUGCAAGAACAUUCCACGGCUGGUGACUGGUUGGAAUCAACCCAUUAUUAUUGGUCGUCACGCUCAUGCUGAUCAGUACAAGGCCACAGACUUUGUGGUACCAGGUGCCGGUAAACUGGAGAUAACCUGGACAGGUGAAUCUGGCGACAAAAUCCAGCACACCGUCUACCAGUUCAAGGGGGCUGGCGUCGCUCAGGCCCAAUUCAACACCGAUGAGAGCAUCCGCGAUUUUGCCCACAGCUCCUUCCAGUACGCUUUGUCCCGGACCUACCCGCUCUAUCUUUCGACCAAGAACACCAUCUUGAAAAAAUAUGAUGGCAGAUUUAAAGACAUUUUCCAGGAGAUCUACGAAGCCGAGUACCGUUCCAAGUUCGAAGCGAAGAAAAUCUGGUACGAGCAUCGGCUCAUCGACGACAUGGUUGCCUAUGCUAUGAAGUCCGAAGGUGGCUUUGUCUGGGCCUGCAAGAACUACGACGGAGACGUACAGUCUGAUUCCGUUGCUCAAGGUUACGGGUCUCUGGGUUUAAUGACCUCUGUCCUUCUCUGCCCUGAUGGUAAGACGGUCGAAGCAGAGGCCGCACAUGGAACGGUCACUCGGCAUUACCGCCAGUAUCAACAGGGUAAGGAGACAUCCACCAAUCCUAUUGCCUCAAUCUUUGCUUGGACAAGGGGUCUACUGCACCGUGCGAAGCUGGACAACAACAGCCAGUUAAAGAAAUUCGCAGAGUCUCUGGAGAAAGUCUGCAUCGACACAAUCGAGGCUGGAAGUAUGACCAAAGAUUUGGCCAUCUGUAUCAAGGGCAUGAACAAUGUCAAAAGGUCAGACUACCUUGAGACGUUUGAGUUUAUGGAUAAGCUCGCUGACAAUUUGAAGAAGGAACUGGCCAAGGUAUGACUGCAAACGUACAGGCUCUCUGAUCCCCGAAGAUCGAAGCUUUGAGCCCAGGAAAGAGCUGCCGCUUCAUUUAUUCCAGAAUGUAUUGCCAGUUUUUCAGUUUAAACCUUUCAGGGGUGUUUAUUGGAUGAGGAAAAUAAUUUUUUUUUUUUAGACAAUACAUGCGUUUAAUAGCACAACUCUCAAGUAUUCAUAAGUAUAAAAAUGCCAUUGUUAUUACAGGAACUCUUUGCCUGUAAAAUAUUUUUGUAAACCUAUAAGACAAAAGAUAAUUUUUUGUCUGGUUUUCAAUGUAUAAACAAAAGGUUUUAUAAAUAUGUUUUACAAUGA